GUUUCAACUGGUGUGGGACGGUUCUGAUCAGUCACUGCUGAGGCUCGUAAGUGACUGCACCAGAGAAACUGAUGAGGUCAGCAGGCCAGUGAGCGAAAGCGGAACCCCCUCUCGGUUUGGCAAGCUGAACAGAAAGGAACAGAGACAGACAGGCGGAGAAUAAGUUGGUCAAGUGCAGGCGUUGGACGGGCAUGGUCAGCUGCCUGUGCUGCUGUGACCAUGCAAUCACUGUUCAGAGGAAAUAAAAGGGAAUCUCCAGAGCCAGUCAAAGCAGAAAUUCAAGGCCAAAUCCCACAAUGGCUGCAGGGGACACUCAUUCGAAAUGGACCAGGCAUGCACAAAAUUGGCGAUACUGUCUACAACCAUUGGUUUGAUGGGUUGUCUUUGUUGCAUAGUUUCACUUUUGAAAAUGGUGAGGUGUUCUACAGAAGUAAGUAUCUUCGCAGCGACACUUACAAGUCUAACAUAGAAGCUAAUAGGAUUGUGGUGUCAGAAUUUGGCACAAUGGCUUACCCAGAUCCGUGCAAGAACAUUUUUUCCAAAGCAGUUUCCUAUCUCACACACGCUAUUCCUGAUUUCACUGAUAACUGUUUGAUCAAUAUAAUUAAAUAUGGUGAGGAUUUCUUUGCUUCAUCAGAGGUCAACUACAUCAGAAGGAUAGAUCCUAGAACUCUUGAAACAUUGGAGAAGGUUGACUACACAAAAUAUGUUUCUCUGAACUUGGCAACAUCGCAUCCACAUUAUGAUGGAGAUGGAAACACUUACAAUAUGGGCACCUCCAUCGCUGAGAAGGGCAAAACAAAAUACCUGUUUGUGAAGAUACCAAAUACAAAGCCAGAUGAGGAGAAGAAGAAGAAUACAUGCUUUAAAAAUUGUGAAGUAUUGUGUUCUAUUCCUUGUCGCUCGCUGUUCAGUCCAAGUUACUACCACAGUUUUGGUAUGACCCCAAACUACGUUGUCUUCAUUGAACAGCCAUUGAAACUGGAUAUUCUUAAAAUGGCGACAGCCUACUUCAAAGGAGUGAAUUGGGCCAGCUGUCUGGGCUGGUUCCCAGAUGACAAGACUUACAUUCAUAUCAUAGACAGAAAAACAAAGAAGCCUUUACCAGUAAAGUUCUACACAGAUGCACUCAUUGUUUACCAUCAUGUAAAUGCUUAUGAGGAAGACAAUCAUGUGGUCUUCGAUAUUAUUGCAUAUGAUGACAACAGUUUGUACGAAAUGUUCUAUUUAGAAAACAUGACUUCGCCAAAUCAUAAAUUUGAAAUAAAAGGCAAAACCUUCAGUCUACCAUCUUGCAGAAGGUUUAUAAUUCCUGUGGAUCAUGACAAGAAGACAGAGUUGAGCAGAAAUAUGUGCACACUUGGGAACACAACAGCAUAUGCACUGAAGGAAAAAGAUGGAUCCAUUUACUGCAAGCCUGAAGUAUUAUUUGAGGGAAUAGAACUACCUCGAAUAAAUUAUGAUUACAACGGCAGCAAGUACAGAUAUAUUUACGCAUCCAAGGUUGAGUGGCGACCAAUUCCAACAAAGAUAAUUAAAUGUGAUAUUCAGAGCAGAAGCUGCCUUGAGUGGAGAGAAGAACAUUGCUGGCCAGCAGAACCAGUGUUUGUCAAACUUCCUGACAGCAAAGAUGAGGACGACGGUGUUGUACUUUCUUCCAUCAUUUCUACUGAUGCCAAGAAAUCUUCAUUUUUACUUAUACUUGAUGCAAAGACGUUCAAAGAACUUGGUCGUGCUUCAGUUAGUGUUGAUGUGCAUCUUGAUCUGCAUGGUAUCUUCAUCCCUGAAGAGGAGCUGCAAGCAAAAAAAAACCCUACAGUCUCUGGAGGAGAGUAGUAGCUGAUUAGAACUGCUGCUUUCAAGUAAAGUUGCUAAUGAGGCAGAAUUUAAAAGCAAGUGACCUCUGGCCCACAUAACUACCAUUUCUGUGGAUUUCUAGCAUUAGAACUCAAUGCAAAUUGAAACCUGCAAAGUGCAACGAUCAAGAGAAUUAUCUGAUAGAAUUUCUUAAUCAAGGAUGGGCUCAGUGAUCAAAGUAUAACCAGUUGAGUUAGAUUAACAAUCAAAAAUAACUUUGUAUCAUCAUGGAAUUGUGGAAUAGAUUUGAGGUCAAUUGGUAGGUUAAAAAUGGGACUGGAUUGAUGUUUGGAGGACAAAGAUUAGAGUUUUUUAUGAUAUUAAAGCACUUUGAACAAUUAUUGAUAAGGAUUUUAGUAGAAGAUCAACAGCUCCCAGAGAAUCUUAGACUUUUAUGGUACAAAAGAAGGCCAUUCAACCCAUUAUGUCUGUACUGGCUUUUUAAAGUGCUACCCAGCUGGUCCCAUUCUCUAGUCCUAACGCCUCUAAAUUUAUCACUUGCAAAUAUAUGUCCAGCUCUCUUUUGAAACCUCCUAUGAAAUCUGCUCCCACCACUCUCCCAGACAGUGCAUUACAAAUCUGAACAACUUUCCGAAUAAAGAAGUUUCUCCUCAUCUCACUCCUAGCUCUCUUGCUGACAAUAUUGAAAUCGUGGCUUCUUGUUACUGGCAUACCAACUAGCAGAAACAGAAUAUCCUUCUUUACCCCUGUUUGAAUUGUUCAUAAUUUGACCUCCUCAAUAAGGUCACCUCUUAAUAUUCUCUGCUCCCAGGAGAAUAAGGCCAGUUUCUCUAAUCUUUCUUGUAUGUAAAAUCCCUCAUUUCUGGUAUCAUUCUAGUAAAUCUCCUUUGAACUCUCUCCAGGGCUAUAACUUUCUUCCUUUAAAUAAGAUGCCCAGAACUGAACACAAUACACCAUAUGCGGUCUGACCAAUAAUUUGUAGAGAUAUAACAUCACUUCCUUGCUUUUAUACUCUGUGUCUCUAUUUAUGACCUCGAUCCUGUAUGAUUUCUUAAAAUCUUUAUCAACUUGCUUGAUUAUAACAUCUACCUGAUAAUUGAAACAUUGUUAAGUGACUAACGACUUGAAUGCUGUAUCUUUUAUCUGCAUUUUGCAGAGAAUCAUGCACAUGAAUCCUAAGGAGCCUCUGCUCCUAUACUCCCCUCCAAAUUGCUCCAUCGAGCCUGCAUUAUCUCUCUCUGUUUCUUGUAUUCACAAUUCUCCACACUGAAAUUCAUCUGCCAGGUAUCUGCCCAUUUAGCUAACUUGUCAAUGUCCAACUGAAGUCGCUCAGCGUCAUCCUCACAAUUCAUUAUUCUCCCUAGCUUAGUAUCAUCUGCAAAUUGAGAUUUUGCCCUCAAUACUCCUCUCCAAAUAAGUAUAUGUAAGUCAGAAAAAGCAUGGGUCCUAACAAUGACCCUUGAUGUGUCUUCAGUCUGAAGAACUCCCAUCUAUACCUAUCCUCUUUUUCUUUUGUCUUUUUAUUUAGCCAUCAUAAGCCAUGUGGCCAAGGAUCCAUCAAUCCCAAAUGUUUCUAAGUUGCUUACCAAUCUUAUCUUUUUUUAAAUAUAGAAUUCCGACAGUGGAAAUAGGCCACUUGGUCCAACAAGUCCACACCACCCCUCUGAAGAGCAUCCCAUCCACACCCACCUUCUCUAUCCUCUCCCUGUAAGCUUGCAUUUCCCAUGGCUAAUU